CGUACCCGCAGCGCUCCCUCUGCACCUCUCUAAUGAAAACAUGGGGUCGGAAAGCUAAAUGAUGCGGUGUUCUGCUCCUGUACAUCUGCUGCUUGGACCCGGAGAGUCGAGCAUAUUAUUUUCUCUCGCUUCAGAUACGAGCUGCUCCGGAGCGCUCAUUGCUUUAGUAACUACAUCCAGUGUGUCACCUGCUGCCAGAGUCUGUGUAACCGGAGGCGACACAUUGACCAUCUCCCCUGAAAGUUGAUCCACUUUUAGAGCGACACGCCGCACAGCUUGGUUUACUUACCUCGAGCCAAUGAGACGCAUUCAAACCUUCAGUGUUAUGAUUCUUCUUGUCUCUUUAAUUCUGAUCUUCUUGUACUCGUCGCUGCACCUGGAGUCCACCUACGGUCACCGGGCUGGACUGGAGGACCUCCCGAGGCAGCACAGUCUCAAGGUCCACGACAGCGAUGUGAAAAUCCAACCCCCCACCCAGGAGGCCUCCACCACACGUCAGUCCCAACUGAACGCCUCCAUUUCCAACAACCUCAGACAGACCAUCCCUCUGAACGGAGCGUACUGGAACCGCCUGCUGUAUUUGGCCCUGAGGAACGUGGAAAAGGGCGAAAACCUGGCCAGACGUGACUCCAGUUGGUCUCACUGCAGGGAGACGAAUCAAGAGCUUCUGCAAACCAACAUGCACGACUUCACCACCUACCCGGUGCUGUUUCAGACUUUUUUGCAGGGAAUGAAGUGCAGGUCUCCUCCGGUCCUCAUCGACCAACCCAACUGCAACAACAAGACCUUCCUCCUUUUGGCCGUCAAGUCGACUCCUGGGAACUUUGAGCAGAGGCAGGCGGUGCGGGAGACGUGGGGCCGAGGAGGGAUGUAUCCGGGCGGGCUGAGGGUUCGCUUAGUGUUCGUCUUGGGUAGCUCCCCUCUGGAAGACCCUGACCUCACCCCUCUGCUGGCGUUUGAAGCCAAACACUACGGAGACCUGCUGCAGUGGGACUUCCGAGAAUCUCUCUUGAACCUGACGCUCAAAAUGAACGUGCUCCUCCAGUGGGCUCGCAAAAGCUGCGCUCACGCUUCGUUCAUCUUCAGCGGGGAUGAUGACGUAUUCGUCAACACGCCUGCUUUGCUCAGGUACCUGCAGUCUCUGGAGGCUUCGAAAGCUUCUCGGUUGUAUGUCGGACAUGUCAUAAGCUCAGCGACCCCCCUCAGAGACCCUAAAAGCAAAUACUUCAUUCCCUUGAGCUUCUACGACGGCCCGUACCCUGCUUACGCUGGCGGAGGCGGCUUUCUUAUCUCCGGAGAGUUGCUGCAACCGCUGCAUUCAGUCUUACGCAUCGUCCCUUUCUUCCCCAUCGACGACGUCUACAUUGCGAUGUGCUUUAAGGCUUUAGGAGUUUCUCCCGAGGCCCACGCAGGAUUUCAGACCUUUGACGUCAAGGAGCAGGAUCGGGAGAACCUUUGUGUGCACAAAGAUCACCUUCUGAUUCACCGGCGCUCUCCACGGCAGAUGAAGAAGCUGUGGAAGGGCAUCCACAGCCCCUUGUUGACUUGUUGAACAAAAGGAGCAACAAAAAAAGACAUUAAAUGCUUAGUUCAGUAGCAUAUCAAAGCCUGAUCUACUUCCAUUAAUGUCUCUUUCACUAUUGUGUAAAAGGAGGAGCCAUAAUGGAGGGUUUUUGACCAUCUACUGUAUAUUUUAUGGAGUGAAAUAUGGAAAAUUGUAGUAAUGCCACCAGUUUUACCAGGACUGGGUAUCCUAAUAGCAAAAAACGUAGAACCUUGAUUAAAAAGUGACAAUUUAAAAGUCACAAUAUCACUUCAAAAUCAAUUAUAAUACCACUUAGAUAUAUACUUUGUUUUACUUUCCAUUCUAUCGUUGAAUUUAAAAUGAAAAUUAACAAAGCCGAUGAAAGUUCCACAGUUUAUUUUUCACAAAACACCAACUCUAAUAUAGACAAGUAUACAGUUGUGGGAGUUAAGAGUUCUGAGUGUAACAGCAGAACAGCAUACCAACCCAUCUAAAAUUUGGGUUUGUACACUACAAAAAUAGUAAAAUAGGAAAGUGUCCCAACACAAGUUAAAUCAGUCACCUCAAUGAUACACCAGGAAACCUGAUAAAUGCCAUAAUCACAGAAGAGGAGAACAAACACAGCCUGGAGAAAACUUCCACCAUUUAUUGCUCGAAUUGCCUGGUUAUUUUGUACGUACAAUGCAUUCAAACUAGAAACACUGGAGUUGCUGGAAAUAAUAAGAGACAAAGGAGCGACUUUAGAUUUUAUUGAGGCGCUUCACUGACAGUAAGUCUAUUAACUUAAGGCACCAAACCCAGAGGCAUGAAGAAUUUCUGAAAGCAUAAUAUUUCUUCUGCUGUGCAGUCAGAAAUAUCAAAACUACAUUUUGUCAAUACGGUACAAGGUGUGCAACAGUGUAUUUCCCAGUCUCAUUGUCACCCACUCCUUUAUUUGUUCACCACAUCACAGCUGGUUCCGCCCGGUCAGUGCUGAUAUUUGUCAUACAGGUCGAGUGGGUAGUGCUCUUUGUACUGCUGCACGUGUCUCCACAGGGAUUCCCUCUGCUUGUCCAGGUUGGGCGUCAUCUCCUGGUACACGUCGGUGAACAGCAGCUCGGGGUUGGGCUUCAGGCGCUUCUCGGCCCUCUCGAAUGCCUCCAUCACCGUCUUGCGGGAUUGUUUCCUCCAGCUCCUCUCGUCGUCCUCGCUCCACCAGCCGCGGGCUGUCAUGUAGUGUCUCAGCCUGGAGAUGGGGUGGUCCUGCUUGUCCCAGUAGUUCACCUCGUCCACCGAGCGGUAAGCCGAGCUGUCAUCGCUGGUGCUGUGGUGGCCGAUUCUGGAGGAGGGAAAGAAUUAGUAAGACAUCAUUUUACUCACAUCCUGCCACACUAUAACCAACAAAACUUCAGUGAUUAGCUAGGAUGGUGAGCUGCUUCACUUGUCACUCAUCCACCAACCUGUAGGUCAUGGCCUCAAUGAGGAAAGGCUGGUUCUCAGCUACAGCCCUGCGUCUCGCCUCCUUUGUAGCAUUGUACACAGCAAACACAUCGUUUCCAUCCACACGUAUGGACAGCAUGCCGUAACCGGGACCACGAGCGGCUAUUAAAGCAAACAAACAAAAGGUAGAGCAGCUGUGGAUUUUAAAUCACAUGUAAUGGAAAAGCAAACUCAGGCUUACCGAUGCCGUCUCCCCUGUACUGCUCACUGGUGGGGGUGGAGAUGGCGUAGCCGUUGUUGCGACAGAAGAAUAUCAGUGGGCACUCCAGGGUGGCGGAGAAGUUGAGUCCAGCGUGCGCGUCCCCUUCGCUGGCCGCCCCCUCUCCGAAAUAACAGAUCACAGCACGGUUCAAGUUUUCUCUCUUCAUCGCAUAUGCAGCUCCAGCAGCUGAAACAAACAGAGGCAUGAAUACGUAGUUACAGGUGUAUGUAUAUGUUGAUGGACUGAUGGACAGGUGUGCUGCUCACCUUGGGGAAGCUGCGUGGCCAGAGGAGACGAGAUGGUGACAAAGUUGAGAUCUCUGGAGCCGUAGUGGACGGGCAUCUGGCGGCCCUUCCCGAGGUCGUCGGCGUUGGCGUAACACUGAGCCAUGAACAGAUCCAGGGGGAAACCACGGUACAUCAGCACUCCUGCAGGGAAACGCAGGAAUUAUUAAAACUGUUACUCCAAAGACAAGGAAAGAAACGAGUCAACUGACGGUUACUAGACUCAAUGAGCAUCGCAGUGGGUAUAUGAAGAGGGAUCCAAAAGACACAGAUGGUGAAAAAGCAGUGAAAGGGAGUACAGAGGGUGAGGUGGCAGUUAGGUCCGCUUAUGGAGAAUGUUUAGGAGGGUGUACAGUGGCAGAAAAGUGUACGAGGGGUGACUGCUGUUAUUUGAUAGCCCUGCUUGGCCUGUUUUACACGUUAUUUCCACAUAAGCUUUGUGCUCGUAUAUGAAUGAACCAGAACUCCAUUCAAAUUCCAUAAAACUGGAUGGUAAAAACUGAUAACUUCUGAUUGAUCUCUUGUAUGGCGGUGGAGAAGUUUCCAUUCAUUUGUAAUAAAAAUAAAAAAAAAAACAUUUCCUUGCAUUAUAAACCAGGGGGCAAAGUCUAUAUAUUGUACAAAUGUAUGGACAUAAAGCAAAAAUUAUGUGAAAAUGAGGUGCAAAUCAUCUUUCAGAAACAAAACAAAUACAGACAAUAUAUGAUUGAAAUUUUAAUUAAUGUUUACAUGUGUCAUUAUUCUAUGUAGAGCACUUACAUGUUUUUGGAGUGCUGUGUUCGACUCAUCUAUUUCUAUCCUAUAUUUUUGUUUUAAUGAACAUUUGCUGCUGUUUCAAUAAACUGAUCUACAAAUAAACUGA